AUGGAUUUGUCUUUUGUUUUGGUUCGCUACAACCCGGAUGUGCAGCUGGAGUUCUAUACCUGUUCCCCGAAUCCUACGGGUCAGCUCCAACUGCGAUACCAAGCAACACACCCCGCUUUGACUCCCAGCAUCUAUCGGUGCCCCAAUCUCGCCUUUGACUAUAACCACAUGGAACUUCUCGUCUCGGCAUGGAAGAAAGUCGCCAAUAUCCCGAGUUCCUCCACACUGGCACUCCAUCGUCUGUCCUCGUAUUUCGCUCUUGGCGCCACGGAACCGGGGUGCGAAGCUUAUCCUAAGAACCUCGGUGGCAGCAGUGUGAUCUAUUACCAGAACCAGACCUAUGUCUCCCGAACGACGGUGGAUCAACAAGAAGCGCCUUCUGGUGUCUCUUUGUUCAUUCGUCCAUCGACGCAAAAUGCGAAAUGGACUUCAGUGCCUUUGAAAGCCACUCGGUCCGCCAAGGCGAUCAGCUCGCAGCUUGUGACUCGAUCCUCAACCAAAGGCAGCUUCCAAUAUGUCCACCAUAUCUGCCAGACGGAGAAGAAGACCUUGGUCAUCGACUCAGUGAAAGAUACCUUUUUCAUGGACUUUUCACCCGACAAUUCCAUCUUCUGGCAAAGUGUCGAAAUUCCCAACUCUGCCAGUCUCGGGGUCCGCGACGGCAACUUUUCGUCCUGCUUGCUGUUUAAUCAAAACAACGGCCAGUCCAAAUGGAAACUAUGGAUCUUUUAUGUCACCAAGGACUCCGCGGACUCCACAGAGUGCAAAGUCAAGGCAUUUUAUAUCCCGCUUCGCCAGGACGGCUCUUUGGACAAAAACCAGGCCGAUUUCCAAGGCUGGCAGGACGUGGCCUGCUUCAAUCUGGGAUCCAACAGCACGCAGCCGGGUCCGAUCACUGCGCGAGUGCAUGAAAGCAGCAAGACAGUUUGGUUAGUGUACACUAUUGGUGGUGGCCAACCUCGGUGUGUCACAGCCUCUUUCGGCGAGGGUGGAGAGCUUCCUAAGUCUGGAACGCAGUGGUCCCAGCGCGAUGUGGAGCUGGGCUUUGUCCCGUCCGACAAGGACCAAUACACGUCAAUUUUCCUUCCACGGAGCUAUAUUGAAUAA